GUAAGCUCACUGAGAUUUGUACAUUAAUGGCGGUUCUAUCGUCGUCUUCUUCUUCAUCGGCGAUGCAGAAAGGAAUCGUUGUGACUAUACCAGUUCUGUUUCUAUCAGCUUCGUUAUCGGCACUUAUCUUCUUCAUCCUAUCGUCUUCAUUGUCUCCCUGCUCAUGUCCGUCAUCUCCAUCCUCCCAGAACUAUGCCAUCGUCGGUGAUGUGAGGUCGGAGGAGAGAAUCUCGACGUCUCGAGAAGAUAUAGAUUGGGUUAAAGAUCUGAUUAGAUCGAACGGUUUGCAUAUGCACGAGAAUGUUCUCCGGAAAGGGAUUAAUCCUCGCACAAGGGAACAGCAGCUCCAGGAUCUCAUACAGUACAAAGGUAUAUCGCAUUACGAAGGAGAUGAAGCAAGCAACCACACAGCUCUUCCAUGCCCUGGUGAGUUACUUGUUGAGGAGCAUCACAGCAACUACGGCGAGCCUUGGGCUGGUGGGCGCGACGUGUUCGAGUUCUUAGCUGAAGCAUCCCGGUUAAAACCCAACGCGAGAGUUCUUGAGAUAGGAUGCGGUACGCUCCGUGUUGGUUUGCAUUUCAUACGUUAUCUCAACCCUGGGAACUUCCACUGCCUUGAAAAAGAUGAGCUUUCUCUGAUGGCUGCGUUAAGGUACGAGCUCCCUUCUCAGGGUCUUCUGCAUAAACGGCCUCUUAUAGUCAGAGGGGACGAUAUGGAGUUCAGCAAGUUCGGUUCCGAUGUGGCCUAUGAUUUGAUAUACGCUAGUGCGGUGUUCUUGCAUAUGCCUGACGAGCUGGUUUGGACUGGAGUCGAGAGGCUAGUAGAUAAGUUGAAGCCUCACGAGGGGAGAAUGUUUGUGUCACAUAAUAUAAAGUUUUGUACGCGUUUAGGAGGAGAGAAAUGCACAGAGAGACUAGCGAGCUUAGGACUCGAGUCCCUGGGGAAGCAAACACAUGACAGUUUGUUGUUUAAUCACUACGAGAUCUGGUUCGGGUUUAGACGGAUCAAAGGAUAAGUUUAGUUUAUGAUUUGAUCCCAUGGCAUGUAACGGCUCCAUCCUAAGAGAGGACUGGUUCGAUAGAUUGUGGUGUGGAGUUACUACGAGUCUUUGGAGCAAGAGAACUCACAAAGCAGUGAAGUACACGAAUGGUGAUGGAGACUCACUCGUGUAUUCGAGAUAGUUAUAUAUACACUUUAUUUGUUUGUUUCAAAAAGUUGUUAUAUUGUUGUGUGUGUUUUUUGUCUGUAAUUCUGUUUGUAAUUCGAGUUACGUUACAUUUAAGAAAAAUGUUAUACAUGAGUAUCGAUUGCUGUUUGAA